AAGCACAAACGAAAUCUAACCCUAGUAGCCAACUCGAUCCAUACAAGGGCCGCUUCUCCAAUUACAAGCUAAUUUAGGUUCGUCGAUUUUCUGUGAUCAUUCAUCACGUGUUAAUAAUUUUAAAUGUGUGUUAAUUAGGUAGUAUGAAUUCUCAGCGAGAGAACGUUGAUGGAAAGGCAGAAUUUCGGAAGCCUUCGAAUGAUACAACUAGCAGGAAGUACCGGCAUCGGUCUCCUGUUACUGGGUCGUCUUCAUAUGAUGGAAGUCCUCGCUCUGAGCACAGCUCUAGUCCAAUCCCAUCAAGGAAGGAUAUUGAAAAGCUUUCUGGUGAUAAACAAAGAAAGGGUGAUGAUAGGGACUUAGGUAGGGAUUCUGGCAGGGGUCAGUAUAGCCACAGCGGUGUAUCAUAUAAAGAUUUCGAUCGUUAUAUGUCAAAGAGCUCCCAUCAUUAUAACGAGCAUGAUGAAUAUAACAGACGUGACACUGACAAGAAUGUAGAUGAUUAUGAUAGAGAUUAUUCUAAGCUGUCAUCUCGUCGUGGCCAGGACUUGGGAGAUCAUCACAGUUCCAGUUACUCAAGACACAAGAACCGACCUAGAGACUAUCCAUGUGACACGGAUAAAUACUCUCGAUAUAAAUCUGAUGGUUCAGGGCAUAGAUGCAGGGAUAAAGAGGAAGACUUAUUUGACAGGGACAGAGACAGGAACCGGCAUAAGAGGGAUAGAGAUGGGAAGAUUGACCAUCAAAGGAGUUCACGAGACCUCAGAAAUGAUCGUUCACCUGCUUAUGAAGAUCUCAGGGGUCUAAGAAAUAACUCAUCUUCUCGAAGGGACUGUUCUGGGCUUCAUCUGAAAGAAGCUGCUAAGAGAGACACUGAAGAACUAGAUGGUGAGAAGUACAACAAAGAGGAGAAGAAGAUACACGAGGAUCAGGAUAGAUACAAGGAACGACACUACAGGGAACCAGCAGGAAAAUCUGAAGACAGGAAGACUUUCUCCAGCAAAGUUGAAAAGUCCCUUGCUAAGAAACCGAAGACAUAUAGCUUGGGUCUUGCAAAAGAUGAUGAUGAAAAGCAGUCUUCAACCUCAAAGCAAACUCAAGAUACUUGUGAAACGGUGAGUGCAAAGCAGGCCUACGUGACAGAUUCUGAUAUUGAUGCUGCAAAAAUCGCUGCUAUGAAAGCUGCUGAAUCAGUUAAUAGGAAUCUAAUUGGAACUGGAUAUAUGUCUGCUGAUCAAAAGAAGAAGCUAUUGUGGGGCAAUAAGAAGAACACAACUUCUGUAGAGUCUGUCCAUCACUGGGAUACGGCAACAUUUGGUGAUCGUGAACGUCAAGAAAAAUUCAUCAAACUCAUGGGCGUGAAAGGUGUGGUGAAAGUCGAGCACAAACCAGACAAUCCAGAUACGGAGAAACAGCAGGAGCAGCUUCAGUUAGAUUUGGAGAAGCAAUACACUGCUGGACUGCGUCGGAGAGAUGGUCGAACAGUUGGACUUGGUCUUUAAAUGUUCUCUUUAGAUACUUUUGUACUCGUUAUAAUCUACUUUGGCAAGUUUUCUUUCGGUAUUGCGCUUGUAAAAGUAAAUUAUUUCGGACGAUGUUCCACUUCUAUUUUAUGGCAGUAUGUUGGUCUGUGAUCAUGUCAAGAAGGUUGCUAGUUAUGCUGUAUCAGUGGAAAUUGUUCUUGGUGAAUGUAACAAUUUUGGGCUAAGCUUGCAGAAUUUACCUUUAAGUUCA